AUGUCAAGUACAAUUGAUGUAACACCAAAAAUUUCUGAUACAUUAUUAAAUGAUGUAUCACAACAACCACAACAACAACAGCCAUUAAGUGUUCGAGAAAAAAUUGUGAAUUUAUUUCAAGACUUAGAAAUAACACGAGAUGAACAAAGACGAAUUAAUACAGAACUUGAAAAAGAAAUUCAAUCUCGAAUUGAAGCUGAAGCUGAAGCAGCACAUUUACGUCGACAAGUACAAUUAGUUGAAGUUAAUCUUGAUAAUGCAACAGCUCGUGUUAAUCAUGUAACAACACAAUUAAUUGAAGUUAUGAAAGUAUCGGAAGCAGCACGACAUGUUUGCACAAGUCUAGAAAAUAAAUUAACAACUGUUAAAGACAAAGAAAUUGAUCUUGAUGAUGAAUUAAGAAAAGCAAAAGAAUGUAGUAUUGAAACUGACAAACGUUUUCAAGAAACUGCAAAUAAAUUAAAUGAAUUACAAGAACGAUUUGAACUUGCUGAACGUCGGUCAACUAUUGCAGAUCAACGAAUAGCAUCACUUGAAAAAGAUAUUCGACAUGCAUAUGUAGAAAUGAAAUCAUUACUUCAAGCUGAAGAAAAAGCACAGGCGACGGAAGAAAAAUAUCGAAAAACUCUUGAAGAUUUACAAUCUCGACUUAAAGCGGCUCAACAUCGAACAGAUGAAGCUGAAACAGAUGUUGGAAAAUUACAAAUUAAAGUUGAUAAACUUAAAGAAAAAUUGGCUGAUGAACGCAAUAAAUGUCAUCAAUUACAAAAAAUGAUGGCUGAUUCAUCUGUAUCAUAA